CUUCUCUCUUUUUAUAGGACAACCCAACAAAUCCCCUCUCUCUCUCUCUCUCUCUUCCCAUCCUCAAACUCUCUCUCUCUCUCUCUCUCCCUAAUUUAAUGCUAUACACUGUUAGCUUAGCUAUGAUCCGCUCCAUGUCAACCCCCACCUCCUCCAAGGGCAUCGCCGCCGUUGUCGGCGUCGGUCCAAACCUCGGCCGCUCCGUCGCUCGGAAGUUCGCCCAAGAGGGCUACACCGUCGCCAUCCUCGCCCGCGAUCUCGAAAAACUGUCAAAAUAUGCGGACGAGAUAGCUCGCGAGGCAAAAGCACAGGUUUUCGCGAUCAGGAUCGACUGCUCGGACUCGAAAUCGCUUCGCGAGGCGUUCGAGGGCGUGCUGUCGCUUGGAUUCGUCGAAGUUCUUGUUUACAAUGCUUGCCAUCCUGUGGAGUCUUCUCCUCCGACGAGGUUUGCAGAUGUGACGGUAGAAUCGUUUGAGAAAGCAAUGGCGGUUUCGGCUGUUGGAGCCUUCCACUGCGCUCAGCAGGUGAUUCCUUUGAUGGUUGAGAGGGGCAAGGGGACCAUAAUUUUUACUGGGUCUUCGGCUUCUAUAACUGGCUUCGCAGGCUACUAUGAACUAAGUUGUGGUAAGUUUGCUUUAAGAGGAUUAUCACAGUGCUUAGCAAGAGAAUUCCAAGCUUCGGGCAUUCACAUUGCCCAUGUCGUUCUCGACGGAGCAAUCAGUGCAUCAAGUGAGAGAUCGUCUACUGUAGACCAGAGCAUGGAUGGGUCCAUGAACCCUGAUGCGUUGGCGCAAGCUUAUUGGCAGAUUCACGUCCAAGAGAAAGGUGCAUGGAGUCAGGAGAUAGACCUUCGAGCUUUUAAUCACAGAUUCUAAUAAAAGCACUUUGGCCCCGUUUGGCAAAGGGUUAAUGAAGAGGGGUUAAAGAGAAGGAUUAAUGUACUUAGCCCAUUUGAUAAUCCGAAGAACUAAA